CCCAUGAAAUUUGUUUGUUUCCAUGGAGACCUUCAAAAUGGCCGCUGCUAGUCAAGGUGUUGCAUCUGAUGCUGAGACCCUUCCUUUUGUUGUGGGGACGUUAGACGUGGCUCUCUCUCAGUCCUUUGCAUCCACUCCUGGUGCUGGAACUACGAAUGAAUCUUUAAAAGAAGUCUCAAGAGGGAGGACUCUAACUGUAGAAGUAGCAAAGGGAGGCCUUUCAAAACUAGGGUACACACCAGACAGCAUUAAACUUGUGUACCUUGACCUGAACAUCUCAGCUCAUAACCUUGGUGACAUUAAUAUGUUGACUUCAUUCCCUCAUCUUCAGUCAUUAGACGUCUCUUACAAUGUACUCAGAGAUCUUGCUCCACUCAGCUGUUUGCCUAACCUUAAUUCGAUUAAUGCUUCCCACAACAAACUAACCCGCUUGCUGGACUUUGAUCCACCUCACAGCUUACUGUUUGUAGAUUAUUCUUAUAAUGAAAUUGAAGAGAUACCUGACUUGACCCCUUUCAGUUCCAUUAAAGUACUCAAUUUAGGAGGCAACCAGAUCACUGAGCUAACCGGUCUGUCUGGUCUCACAUCUCUCUCAACUCUUAUUGUAUCUGACAACAGAAUCGAGAGGAUUCAAGGCUUAGAUAACCUUCCCAUUGAGAACCUUGAUUUGAGUAGCAAUUCUAUAGUUUCAGUGACUAAUUUGGACCUACUGAAGCUACUACAGGUUGUAAAUUUCUCUGGCAACCAGAUCCAUAGUUUAAAAGGACUCUCUCACCACAGCUAUUUAAGUGUAAUCAAUAUGGCUGAAAACCAGAUAGUUGGAUUAGAUGAAGUUCUUCAUUUAAAAGACAUACAAUCACUUGAGACACUUGACCUCAGAAAGAACCCUUUACAGACUUUAGCUGACUACAGACAAACUGUUAUGACACAGCUUACCACACUGAGAGUAUUAGAUGGACAGUCACUAACUGUGGAAGAAAAAGUUGCUGCUAAUAACAGGGAGUCCUCUCCACUCGAGGUUGUAGCUGGUCAUCAUCACUUGCAGUUAAUGUGUAAAGCUGCUAGGAAAGCAACCAGACUUAACUUUAGGUACAAUACAUGGAAGCUCUCCCACAUAGAGCAUGUUUAUACAGCUUCUAGUCAGCGGAUUAUAAAUUUGCUUAAAAAUUGGGCCAAUUAG